CUUCCCAUUCCACCCCACCCCCUCCACCCACGCAGCUGAGCUCACCCGGGGCGGCCUCUUUUGCAACUUUACCAAGUCUGUGCAUGAGAGGGAGAGGAGGAAAACAGAAGGAAGUCGCUUGGCCUCAACAAGCCAUUCUGAUCCAAAGCCUUUUUCCUCUGAACCGGCCGAGAUCUUUGCUCUAAGAGGAGACCCCCGGACUCAGAGAGAACGGCGCCUGCCCUCGGAGGCUGGAUGCUAAGCAGCCACAGCUGUGAGCGCCCUGGAAGUUCUUUUCGGUUCUUCUGUCUGUCCCAGCAACCCCCAGAGGCUCUGACAUCCCUCCAUGAAUCCCCGGAAGAAGGUGGACCUGAAGCUCAUCAUCAUCGGAGCCCUGGGUGUAGGAAAGACUUCCCUCCUCCACCAGUAUGUGCACAAGACAUUUUAUGAGGACUACCAGACCACGCUGGGGGCCAGCAUCCUCUCCAAGAUUAUCAUCCUGGACGACACAACUUUGAAGCUGCAGAUCUGGGACACAGGCGGACAGGAGCGGUUUCGCUCCAUGGUGUCCACAUUCUACAAAGGCUCCGACGGCUGCAUCCUGGCUUUUGAUGUCACCGACCUAGAGUCCUUUGAAGCGCUGGAUACCUGGCGGGGUGAUGUUCUGGCCAAAACUAUUCCAAUGGAGCCCUCCUACCCCAUGGUGGUACUGGGAAACAAGAUUGAUCUCGCAGACCGGCAGGUGCCCCAGGAGGUAGCCCAAGGCUGGUGUAAAGAGAAGGAUAUCCCCUACUUUGAAGUCAGUGCCAAGAAUGACAUCAAUGUGGUGCAAGCCUUCGAGAUGCUGGCCAGCCGGGCUCUGUCCAGGCUGUGCCUGCUCAUGCCGUUCCGCUGGAAAGCGGAGGAAUGUUGUCUGACCCUGUAUGGCGCUCUGAUUCUCCGCAAACACUGUGCAAUGGUUGCCAAAUGCUGAGUCACGGGGAAGCGCCAUCUGCCCACAGCCCGUGUCUGUGUGUGGCCGGCAUCCGCCCUUUCUGAAGAAGGAGUGUCCUUUAUUCUUAAAGUUACAUCUUUCUUGCUGUGUCCACUUUAUGAAGUUCUCUACUGAUGGUGGUGGUGGUGGUGGUGGUGGUGUGUUAAUAUCCUACCUGGUAAGAGAAUAGCAUAGCAAGCCCAGGUCAGUCCCUCAUGUCGAUGGUGGAAACUUACCAAUGAGAAGUCUGGAAGUCACAAAUACGGUGUCCACAGCAGGCUGACCUACAUUCGAAUCCCGCUCUGGUGCUUCCAAGUGGACCCCUGGGCAAGACAUGGGACUCUCUGGGCCUCAGUUUCCUCGUCUGUAAAAUGGAAAUAAUGCAAUCCCAGAAACAUUGAUUGAGUUCUCAGGCUAGGGCUGGAGCUAGGGACCUCAGGGGCUCUAAGGUCAGGUAGGGGAGUAAGACGUUCACAGACAGGCUGUCGUGGAGCUACGUGCCCCAGAGGGAGCAGGGUCAAGGCACAGAGAUGACUCAGUGCAGGCUGGCUGGUGGCAAGGGGGGGUGAGGAUGCUGUCUGCAAAAGCAGCAUGUGACCUGGGUGUUGAAAGACAAUACGCAGUUUGCUGGUGGACACGGGGGCGGGGGAGCGCAGGAGAAGGACGGAGAGAAGGGCAUGGCCAGAGGCCCAGGGACCAACCCACAGGGCUCACGUGAGGAACCAACUGUGGGUCGGUCUGUAGAAGGAAACAUGGCAUGACGGGAAGCAGGGGUGUGGUGCAAGCAAGGAAGAUCCCCAAGGUCAACAGCACGGAUCAUGAGGUCCUGGAGAGCCCCAACAGGGACUUAAAAUUCAUGCUGCGGGUGCGGGCUCUCCAGAUCACGCCACUGGACCCGAGGCAUGUGAGGGCUCACCCAGCACCUUGACACCCCACCAGGCGUGUCUUAUACUCAGAAACUGGAAGGAGAAAUAUUUUCACAUUAAAAUGAAACAAACAUAAUUACUAGAGCGUAGAAUCUAAAAUUCACGUGGACGUUUAAAGCGAAACUGGAGAUUGCACAUUUCUAGUUUAAGGUCAGACACGUUUUCAAAGACAUUUUCUACCAAGGGCUUUUCUCUCCUUCCCAGGGAGGAGGUGGAGGGAGUGAGAGAGAUAUGAGGGGUCGACGGGGAGGAAAGCCCCAGGCUGGGGCUCCGAAGCCCAGUGCAUCUGAUGUUAAGUCCAGACUCUACCUCUUAACUGUGUGUCCUAAAACAAGUCAUGCAGCCUCCAUCAGCCACCACUUCUGUCUCUUUAAAGUAAAAAUAAUAAUAUCUUCCUACUGGAGUUGUUGCAAGGGCCGAAGAAAGCAAUUCGUCGUAGAGAGACGGCACUGAACAGAGGGUAGCUGUUUUAACACCAGAGCUCUGCAUAAGGGUUUCCGCCAGGGGAGCUCCCUGCUUCGUGGAGGGCGGGCCCCAGGGGCAGAUGAGAAGGUACUGCAACAGUCCAAGCAUGACAGAAUGGAAGUGGCAGGACUGGGUGGAUUCAGCAGACUUCGGAGGGAGAGCCUCAGCGGUUGAUGAUGGAUGUAGGAGAGAAGGAACCAGUAGCUGUUUAAAGUCGAUGACCAGGUUCCCAGCUUGGCAAUCGGAGGCAGGAUUAAGUACAACGCUAGGGAUCAAGCUAGAGAAGAGAGGGGAGAACACAAGCAUCUAGAGGAGGGAGUGCUGCGGUCCACUGGGGCACAUGACACACUCGUGGUCCCUCAAAACAUCGGAGUUCUGCAGUAAACUCUGGUUGGAAAGUGAUUUGUGAGUUCAACACCAGAAUAGAUCCGUGGCUAACAUUUUGAAAGGAAAGGUGGUAGGUACUUCAGUAUCCUGAUCUGGCCACUUUCAAGGAUGGGGCUACUUAGUUAUUGCAAAAUACUAAGAAUGCCCUCAUAAUCCAAGAAGGGAUACCGCCUGCUUCAGGGGUUCUGGGAUGAUGAGAGGUUGCUCUUACCAACUUGGCACACUCUCUGGGCUGGGAGCGGUCAGGCCUGGCCCCCGUGGGCGUGACCUGCAGCCUGGAGGCCCAGUUCUUUCUAAGCUAACAGGAAAAAGACACAAUCGCCAAGUCCAGGAGGGAAGCAGGCUGGCUGGUGAGCAAGUAAGCUUGGUGAAGGGGCAGGACCUUUCUGAGGUCCCCCAGAGGCAGGAUCUAAAGGCAGGGCCAUAGCGGUGACCAGGCUUGCGAGGACAGAUGCCACAGUCAGUCACAGCGCUUGGGCCCACAGGUGCGUGUGUGAGGAUGGUACUGUGUGACUUUCCAGUUAGACGCACACAUUGCCAGGGUCACAGAAAUGAUGUCAGAAAUGGGAAGGACUCUGGUGACACGGACCCAGGGAGGUGUGACUAUUACUGGGUGAAGAUGGCUGGUGUGAAGACCUCAGGCUUUGCCAGUGUAAUGAAUGAGGAGGUUUCUCGCACCUUCCAGAGGCAGUGAUCUGUUUGACUCUAGAAUAAAAUGCAGAAGAGCCAGAAAGCUUGGCCGCAGCCCACCCCCCCCCCCGGGUGCACCCAGUCUCUUUCCCCAGAGGCUGGCGUUGUGGACAGUGGCACAGGCUUCUGGUCACGAGGGGCUCUGGGGUCCCAUCAGGGCCUUGCAUGGACGUGAGGGUGGGGCACACUUGGGGGGAUGAACCAGCAGGCCCUGCCACCUGGGCCCAAAGAUCCGGUUAGGAAAGUUCCAGAUCCCAGCCAAGGUCUCGGGCUUUCAUGAUGACGGAGGGACCCAGAAAACACCAGACAAUAGGAGAAUCCUUCUGAAACCUUCCUCUCAGGGAGAGCCGGCUCUCUCGGUGUAAUGGGGGCCUUAGUCAGCGACGCUGUGCUUUUCCUCGGCCCUCGCAGGGAGGUUCGGAAAUGUCAGGAUGGUCACAUUUCGCUCUGUGGCGUGAGGGGACCCCGCACCCAGCAGAAAGGGCCAGCGGGAGGACUGAACACAUGCGGAGCUGCCCAGGCCGGAGCCCGCACUCCAGGCUGCAUGGUGCUGGCGAGAAGGAGCCACCUGGCCCCAUUUCCUCUUCUCAGACACCUCGGGUGGGGUUCUGUUCUCUCAGGGAAGCCCUGGGAUGGCCCUGGGUCAAGCGUGGCAUCCACCCCGGCCAGGGGAAGACCGAUCUGGGGUGUGGAGACAUCUCCAGAGUGAUGGACCCCUUGCAGAGCAAACACAGCCCCUCACCCCCGGCACUAAUCCUUCCUGUUAAAAUUAUUAUCAUUGUUAUUAUUACAUUAUAUACAUUCUAAUAAUUCUAAAUAUUAAUCUGUCCAGGGAUACCCAGGCUGACGAAGGCCCCGUAAGACCCUCCGUGGGAGGGCUGAGGGACAAGGGCUCUCAAGAAACAAACUAUGUGGAAAAGGGCCGGGUACCGGCUCUGCACGUCAGGCUAAAUGACCUCGCUGUCCGGGGGUGGCAGGGAGUCCUGGGGCCUCAGGGGACCAUCUUCUGUGUCUCAGGGUGCAGUAGGGGAGCCCUGACACCACCUCCUGGGACCCAGGGCCACAGCGUUAAGGGCUGUGACAUUCACCGGGAGUGACGGGGGUGCUUGGGUCCACGCCAAGGCAGCAAGAGGCCCUCGCCGACUCGCACACUCACACACGCAGUACCAGUGGCGCGGGCUCGGACGCCUAAGCCUGCUGACCAGUGAGAGCCUGGCAGAGUAAAGAGGUGGGGUCCCCGGAAGUAGAGACCCUUUCGCCCUUGAAUUCAUCUCCUGGAGGAAGGGUCCCCUUGUCCCACGCCGCCCUCACCCUGAGCCAAGCAGGGUGGGUCCUGGGAGAGAAGCGGCCUGCUGGGUGGGGAGAGGCUUUCUCUGGACAUUGUUGGGACUUUGGGGAGGUGGGCGGAGAAGCAAACAGCCCCUCAGAAAUGCUGAGUCUGUUUCAGGGGGGACAGAGGCCAUGGGAAGGGCCGAGGACUGACGGGGCCCCUCCAGGUGCCCGGGAGGUGGUGAGGGAGGCUGGGAGGCAGACGUGGUGGGUGUUUGUGAGGAGAGGUCUCCAGCAGAAAGGAGUGGGUUGUCAUGUCUGCCUGAGGUCCGAUGUCACCUCGGUUUCUCCCUCUGGAGAAUGGAGAGUUGUGGGACCUCGUUGGAGACUCAUGCCGUCCACCUGCUCUGGGCUCCGGGGAAGAAGCUGGAGGAGGAGGGGAGGGAAGAAGCCGGUGGGGAAGAUCAGUGCCUGCCCCCCCACCCCCCUACAC